CGCUUAGAAAAGAAUAGAAUACGUUUCUACAGAUUAUAAACAACCAUUGUUCGAAAGCCACGAGGUUUUUCCUUGCGUCUGCUUUUAAGGUUAUGCCGCUCAAUUUUGAUGCAUGUAUAGCAUUUUAUAAUUAAUGAUAAGAGAUGGAUGAAACAUUGAGUACACCUCCUACGAUUAAAUUAAAUUUAUCAGGACAAAUCUAUUGUGUAGAAUUUUCUCCUUACGAAUGGUCCCAGCAACUGAUUUGUAUUGGUUUAAAAGAAGAAGUCAUAAUUGGUACAAUCAAAUUUCAGGAUGAAGAUGAUACUGUGGAAGACAUAGCUUAUAAUUUAAUUAGAACCUUUCAUCAUGACACUAGACCAAAUGCUAUUGCAUGGAGUCCAGAAACAACCUUAAGUGUUGUUCCUAAAAUUCUUACAUUUUGUGUUGCUGGUACAGAUUUUAGAAUACGAAUGUAUAAUAGUAAUUUAAAUGAUGUUAAUAUAUAUGAGAUUUUAGAAGGCCAUAUAGAUUAUAUAAAUUCAAUUUCUUAUGAACCUGAGGGUGAAUUAUUAGCAUCAACAUCUGAUGAUCAUACUUGCAAGCUUUGGGCUGUUAAAGAAGAUCAAAAGUGUAUUUCAACAUUUCAUUUAACAUCACCUGGUAUGAGUGUAUGCUGGCAUAGUGAAGAAUCUGGAAAGUUGUUAGUUGCAGAAAAAAAUGGAUUGAUUCAUAUGUACAAUGUUAGAAAUCAACAAGCAAUUAUUUCACUUGAUGCAGGAGUACUUCCUUUAUCCUCUGCAGAUUGGUGUUCUAAUCCAUUAAAAGUUGUAUCUUUAGCAGCUGGAGAAUUACUCUUAUGGGAUGUAUCUAGGCCAAGUCGACCACUAGAAUCUGGAACACUUUAUAUUGAAGGUGGUUUAUUAAUCAAAUUCUCUCCUAGUUAUGAACAUAUUGUAGCUAGUAUUGGCAGACCUGAUAAUCUAUUAAAAGUUAGUAACUUUAAGUUAAAACAAGUUAUAUUACAUGGGAAAGUUAAAAUUGUAGGAGGUUUGUCUUGGCAUUAUAAAUAUCCAUAUAUUUGUGCAGGUAGUGAUAGAGAACUUCAUUUUUGGAAAAUAAAAAUUAAUUAAAUUUCAAUAAAAGUAUUAUUCUGAUAUUUAUAUAAAUUUAUAUUAUAAGUAAAAUAUUUUUACUUUUAAGUAAAAUAUUGAAAUGAAUAAGUGAAUAAUAUUUGUACAAUUCACACAUUUACUUUUCAGGUGUAUUUAUAAUAUAUAUGUUUCAAAAUCCGAUUUCUAUUUUUCCUUUUAUCUGUUUAAUGUAGUUUAUGCUAUACCUCAUUAGAUCUAACCGAAAAUUUAAUUAUAACGUUUUCAUUAGAAAAUUUUACAAUUAACUCAUUAGUUUUGAUAAACAUAACAAUAGAAAAAUAAAUGAAAAAGAAUAUGUAUUUAAACCUUUUUCAUUUAUUUUUUAUGGUUAGCUACAUUUAUAGAUAGGUUAGAAUCACUUACAAUCCAAUUUAAGUCUUAUGAAUACAUAAAUAAUAAUAAACUACGUACUUCAAAUUAACAAAUAAUAAAACAAGUAUUUCAAAUUAACAGAACCUUGAGGUGACUUUUUCUUUGUAAAAAAGUUUCAUUUAAUUACUAUUUUUAUAACCAUUAAAUGAUAUUUAUUACUAUAAUUUCUUGACUCAGCUGCUUUGAUAUUCUCUAUUUUAUU